UGAGGGAUUAGAGCAGUGAGCAGGGCGACAGAUUGUACUCAUGGCGGAAGGCCACGAUAUGGAUGCUGGAGGAGGAGGAGGAGGAGGAGGAGGAAGAGGAAGAGGAAGAGGAGGAGGUGGUGGUGGUAGUGCAGGGGAAUGCCACGUGGCAGAGUCAGCUGCGUGUAUAGAGCACGAGGCGCGACAAGGGGCCGCUAGCAAUCCUGCGCCAUUCGUAAAUCAUGAUCUGACGGCAAGCCGUUCAGAAUACAUCAUGAAGCCUCCAUGGCCGUUUGAUGCAUGGGUUCUCUCACAGCUCCGCGAUUCUCGCGAUGCUCCCAUGGGCUACCUAAUGUUCAACAUUUGCACCAUUGCCCUCCCGGCCGCCAUAGCCAUGUUCGUCUUUCCUGUCACUCACUGGAUGGGCGCGGUUUACUUGCUGCUCAACUCUGCGCUAUUCAUGCAACGGUUCAUCUUAUGUUUGCACUUCGUCGAGCACCUGCAG